GGUGGAAAUGUGGUCGUUACUGAUUCUUACCAGCGACACACAGGCAGGUUAUCAGCUCAGUGCAGGCGAUUGAAAGACGUCCAGCUGCAGCGAACAGGUGGUUGCUCCAGACAGACUUUUGAGCUAUCUUACCUACCGGGAGGAACCAAGCGUAAGUUGCAAUCCAACAUGCUAAAGAAGUGAGGUCCAGCAGGGAUACUACCUUCACCUCCCCUCAUAUCCUUACUCCUCAACCAAGCUGAGCAAAUAAAACAGCAGAGACAGCUGGGGAAGCGAAACACGCCGUGGUAAUCACGGUCAUGAUGGGAGUCCCUGUGCUCUGUGUCAUGGUGCUAGCAUUCAUCUGUCACAGCCACUGCAUGGAAAUACAAAACCCUCUGUACAGGUCCAAAAGGUCUCAGGAAAAUGUCUUGUUGGAUCCUAGCAACUGUGUGUCCAGGACCGAGCAGCAACAGGUCUUAACAAACUCUCACAACUUCUCUGUGGAUAUUCGUAUGCCUGGUGUUACCCCGGCUGGGUCGGACACUUACCUGUGCAUGGCAUUUCCUGUGCCAGCUAGUCGAGAUGCAUAUAUUGUGGACUUCAUACCUCAUGCCAGUAUGGACACAGUCCAUCACAUGCUACUGUUUGGCUGCCAGACUCCUGUCUCCACCAGCAGCUACUGGGACUGUGGCAGUGUAAAAGGCACUUGUGAGGAUGAACCCUCCAUUAUGUAUGCGUGGGCUCGGAAUGCACCUCCUACUAAAUUACCCAAAGAUGUUGGUUUUAAAGUUGGAAGAAAUUCAGGAACGUCUUACUUUGUGCUGCAGAUCCAUUAUGGAGAUCUCAGUGCUUUCAGAGACCAUCAUAGAGAUUGCUCAGGACUUACCUUAAGAAUGACAUCCAAGCCGCAGCCAUUCAUUGCUGGCAUAUACCUACUCAUGUCUGUGGACACAUUCAUCCUUCCAGGAAAAAGAGUUACAAAUGCAGACAUCGCCUGUGAUUACACUUCUUAUCCCAUCUACCCAUUUGCCUUCAGGACCCACACACACGACCUUGGUAAAGUGGUCAGUGGCUACAGGAUCCGAGAUGGGAAGUGGAGCCUGAUUGGAAGACAGUCUCCUCAGCUACCACAGGCUUUCUAUCCUGCUAACAAGGAGGUGAAUUUGAAGUAUGGUGACACCAUUGCUGCCAGAUGUAUGUUUACUGGUCAGGGCAGAACGUCCAAAACAUACAUUGGUGGUACCUCUGUUGAUGAAAUGUGCAACUUCUAUAUAAUGUACUACAUGGACAGCAAACAUGCAAUCCCCUACAUGAACUGCAUGGAGACAGGCUCAAAAGAAUUGUUUCAACACAUUCCAGCAGAGGCCAAUGUUCCCAUCACUGUCAGUCCAGGUCAUAUGAACUCUAUGAUGCAUAUGGGACACUCAACAGAUCAUCAAGAUAACAGACCGGUGUUGGAUGCAAACAAAGCAGAGCAGGUCCUGGAUCAGGGUGACCUCUAUUCUCUUAUGUCCAAGCUGCUAGGCGAGAGUAAGGACAUAGUUCACAUUCAUAAGUACGACCCCAGCGAGAUGCAGAGAGCCCAGGCUGAGUUGGUGGCUCAGAUUGAUAGCUUAAUACAAAAGAAAGACCUGGGCUCUCCCAGUGCCACACUAGCCUUCCAAACCAGGGAGGAUCCUGUUUUGGUGAGGGACAGAGUCCACAAAUUCCAUCAGCUUGAGGCCACAGCUAAGCCCCCAAGAAGCAAGCUUCUAGCUGAAGGACAAGACUACCAUUUGGAGCAAGUUUCAGCAUGGCCACAGAGUUCUCUGCAGCUGGGUCAGGUGUCUGGACUUGCACUCGACUCUGAUUCUAACUUGGUCAUUUUCCACAGAGGUGACCACUAUUGGGGGGCCAGCUCUUUUAACAGCCAGGCUAGAUACCAGCAGAGGUCCCUAGGUUCUAUCCAGCAGUCCACUAUUUUGGUUGUGGACCCAGCCAAAGGCAACAUUCUGAAGGCUUCUGGCAGAAACAUGUUUUAUUUGCCUCAUGGAAUAACUACAGACAAGGAGAAUAAUUACUGGGUCACUGAUGUCGCUCUUCAUCAGGUGUUGAAAGUGAGCAGCGACGGAACAGACAGAACAUUGCUGGCACUAGGAGAAGCUUUCACACCAGGAAGUGACAACUACCACUUCUGCCAGCCCACUGAUGUGGCUGUAGACACUGAGACUGGGAACAUCUUUGUGUCUGAUGGCUAUUGCAAUGCCAGGAUACUGAAGUUCUCUGCUGAUGGCAAAUACCUGUCUGAGUGGGGUGCAGGCUCAUCAGACAGGAGGAGGCGCAUACCAUUCCAGGUCCCCCACAGCUUAGCGUUCCUUCCUGACAGACGAGAAAUUUGUGUUGCUGACAGGGAGAACGGACGUAUUCAGUGCUUUAUAGCUGAAACUGGAGAGUUUGUCAAGGAAAUAAAGAACGAGGAGUUCGGAGGGGAGGUGUUUGCCAUCACCUAUAGCCCUGCUGGAGAUGGCUUGAUCUUCGCAGUAAAUGGAGAAUCUCCAUAUCACUCAGCUCCACUCAGAGGUUUUGUCAUAAAUUAUUCAACCAAGGAUGUUUUGGAUACCUUCAGCCCAAAGAAAAAGGAGUUUAAAAUGCCUCACGACAUAGUUGAAACCAGGGAUGGCAGCGUCUUUGUUGGGGAUGCGGGCAAUAAAUCCGUCUUCAAGUUUACCACUGAGAAGUCACAUCGUUCUGUCAAAAAAGCUGGAAUCAAGGUUCAAGAACUUGAAGAAAUGGAGAUGUUUGUCCAAUCUAAGAUGAGGCCGGAACAUAACAUGUCGAAGACAGCAGCCCUCCAAGAGAAGCAAAUUGUGGCUCAACAGCCUCGACCACAGGGAGAGGCAGAAGAGGAGGAGAAGAAGAAGAGUGCAGCAAAGCCAAACAGAGAGGAGGGUGUACUCCCAGCUAUCAUUACCACACUGCUGCUCAUCCCCCUGCUGGUGGUCAUCUCAAUAGGAGUCUUCGUCUGCUGGAGGAGAAACAGUCGAUGUGAGGUGAAAACUGAACCCAGUUCUGUGGGAGGGAUCUUGGGAAAAAUAAGAGGUAAAGCGGUGGGCAGUCUGAAUCUGGGGAACUUCUUUGCAUCCCAUAAGGGUUACACUCGCCAGGGCUUUGACCAGCUGAGUACUGAAGGCAGCGACCAAGAGAGGAACGACGAGGACAGUAGUGACUCUGAGAACGAAGAGUACUCUGCCCUGCCGCCUCCUCAGUCCUCCUCUUAGACAUUCUGGGAACAUCCACCAACCUUCUGCUUACAUUGCCAAGAUGUAUGUUAUUCAUAAUGCGUGUAACUGUUGUGUUAGCUGCCAAUCUUAUUGUUUAUAUAUUUAAAUAUAUACUGUAUAUAAAAAUAAUUUGGCAUAAUUUUGACAAUUUAUUUAAUCUUUAUUUAAUUUACCCAUGGUCUUGAUACAGUCUUGGUGACACAAUUCGCAACUAUCUUUUAUAAGAGAUUCUUCUCCCCAAAUCAAACUUGCAUUAGUGAAAUUUCACACAAUCCACAGGGACAAAUGUUUGGAAUCUCUGGUGUCAGAUUCAGCCUUAAAACAAGAAAAAAAUCUGCUAAUGGGCCGAGGUAAUUCUACUUUUAUUCAUGCAGUCUACCUUGUCUCAGAGAUUUCUUGAAAUUAGUAUCAGGAACUUCAAGGAAAUUCUAUGAAAUUCUUGAAAUAAGUUUUAAGACCCAGACAACAACAAGGAUUCCUGGAGGAACUGAUUCUUCAUUUGUUGAGCUUGUUGUUGUGCUUCACUGUGAUUGGUUCAGAGCUGUGAUAGCAGUUUUGUGAUUGGCUGAGAGUGAAUCUAUGACUCAUCCCAUCAUCUGAUCUAUAUUCACCUUAGGUCAGCCUUUUGCGAUUUGCACUGCUAAGCAGAUGGAGACGCUCACACAAGUCGUACAGCUUUGUGCUGGUCACUUUGCUUCUCCAUUGAAACAAGGCCCUAAGAAAACCAGAAAACUGCUAUUGAUACCUGUUUACUGGUUGACUAUUUAUUUUACCCUUCAGUGUUUUGAUUUUGUUGACUGAGAAGUGGAUUUAAACAGUGUUUUUCAUGACAUUUCACCAUCUGACUAAGAAUUCAGUUAAGCAGGAUCAAUUACAGAAAUUUUGCAAUUUUAUUGUGACUUCAAAAAUGAAUGAUUUAACAGUACUGAUAUACUAUACAGUAUACAAAGCAUAGUUCUUACUGGAAAGGUGCAUCCUUCCUUUCAUAAAUCUCUUCCAUGUAGUAAAACUACACACACAGCGCUAUUUUAGCAGAAUUGUGUGGUCCAUGUUUUAGAUCAGUAACAUUUCACUUGUAAUUUUGUGCCUUUUCUUGUCUGUAUUUUGCCUUCCUUCAGCACCUGCCAUUGCAAAAUGUAUCACAGGAUGAAAACGGCUGCUGCUAGUAAAGCUUGUACUAUA